UAUUCCAUUUUCACUUCACAAUUCACGGCUCUCUUCUCCUUCCCACGCAGAAGCCGAGGACACCGCGCGGCUCGCACUCCCAGAGGGGAACUUGGGGCUGUGUUCUCCUCGAUUCGAAGCGUGAGUAAGGCGGUCUAAGUUCGAUUUUAGAGUCACAUCUAAUCAAUCCGGAAGCAAGCUGGUGUAUGCUGUUCCGUUUCCGACGCUUCGUCUUUCUUGAAUUUGUAUAGAUACAGAGGACGAGGCGGAGGAAAUCAAGGACACGCGGAAAAGAGGGUGAAUUCGGUUGACUCGUUUCUUGCAUUUGGUUGAUUGGCUGGCAUUAUUGGAUCUGGGAGGAUUGGGGUUUCAGCUUCUCGGUGAUUUCAUUGGUGUUUUUCGUUUGGGGAAGUAAUGAAUCUAAAGAGUGAUACAGUCCGCACGCCUCGGUUGCUCAAGUAUGUGUUGAUUGGGCUCAUGGUGUUUCUUGGAUUACUUUGUCUCUACAAUGGCUCGCUGUUCUCCAUUGCUUUGCCCCGCGCCGAUGAAUCGUUCGACGAUGGAGUUGACCCGGUCACCGGACGCUAUGUCGCGAAAAAGGAUUUCGAUGAAUUGUUCGAGGAUGAAGAGCACAAUCUCGAUAUCAUGAAAACCAUCCCGGUCUGUGAUUUGAGGCAUUCGGAGCUGAUUCCAUGCCUGGAUAGGAAUUUGAUAUACCAAAUGAAAGUAAAGGUUAAUUUGAGCUUAAUGGAGCACUAUGAAAGGCAUUGCCCACCACAGGAGCGUCGUUACAAUUGCCUUAUCCCUCCGCCCAUUGGCUACAAGAUCCCAGUUAGAUGGCCUGCCAGUCGGGACCAAGUUUGGAAGGCAAACAUACCCCACACACAUCUUGCGCAGGAGAAGUCAGAUCAGAACUGGAUGAUUGUGGAUGGGGAGAAGAUAAAGUUCCCGGGGGGUGGUACUCAUUUCCAUAAAGGGGCAGACAAAUACAUUGCGGCUAUAGCCGGGAUGCUUAAAUUUCCUGGUGAAAGGCUCGACAAUGGUGGCCGUAUACGGAAUGUUCUUGAUGUGGGCUGUGGGGUUGCAAGUUUUGGAGCAUAUCUCCUACCUCUAAACAUAAUAGCCAUGUCGUUAGCUCCUAAUGAUGUCCACGAGAAUCAAAUACAGUUUGCAUUAGAAAGGGGUAUUCCCGCUACUUUGGGAGUGUUGGCCACUAAAAGACUGCCAUAUCCCAGCAGGUCUUUCGAGUUGGCUCAUUGUUCUCGUUGCCGGAUUGAUUGGCUCCAGAGGGACGGAAUUCUUUUGUUGGAACUGGACAGAUUGCUUAGACCUGGAGGCUAUUUUGUUUAUUCAUCCCCAGAAGCUUAUGCACAAGAUGCAGAGAAUCGAAGAAUAUGGAGUUCAAUGUAUGAUCUUUUGAGAAGAAUGUGCUGGAGAGUUGUUUCAAGGAGAGAUCAAACAGUGAUAUGGGCAAAGCCACUGAGCAACAGUUGCUAUAUGAAAAGGCGUCCUCGGACUCUCCCACUUCUGUGUAGCUCUGAUGACGAUCCCGAUGCAGCGUGGAACGUACCGAUGAAGACGUGCAUCACUCCAUAUUCCGCAAAAAUGCAUCGGGAGAGGUGGAGCGGACUGAAGCCAUGGCCGCAGAGGCUCAUCGCAGCUCCACCGCGUUUGGAAGAGAUUGGCGUAAGCGUUGAGGAAUUUCACAAAGACACGAAUACAUGGCACGACAGAGUGAUCGGGUACUGGAGGCAAAUGAAAUCCGUCACACAUUCCAACUCCUUCAGAAACAUUAUGGAUAUGAACUCGAACCUUGGGGGGUUCGCCGCAGCUCUAAAUGACAAGGAUGUUUGGGUGAUGAACGUCGCUCCUGUCAACGCAUCAGCAAGACUGAAGAUUGUCUACGAUCGAGGCUUCAUCGGAACAGUUCAUGACUGGUGCGAGUCAUUCUCAACGUACCCUCGAACAUACGACCUCCUUCACGCCUGGUCAGUCUUCUCCGAAAUUGAGGAAAGAGGUUGCAGCGUGGAGGAUCUGCUGAUAGAAAUGGAUAGAAUAGUGCGGCCGGAAGGUUUCAUCAUCGUUAGAGACAAACCUUCCGUCGUAAAUUACAUUCGCAGGCACUUGGCUUCGAUGAAGUGGGACAAAUGGUCUUCCGAGGUGGAGCCUAGCGCCGAUGCUCUGUCGGGAACUGAAGAACGAGUUCUCAUCGCAAGAAAAUCACUAUGGGAAGAAGAUAUGUGAGUGUUGUGUACACACAAGUUUUAUGUUUGGUGUAGUAAUUACUAAUAGGUUGGAGGGGUGCUGUUCUCGAUGACAUACGGUUUGUUAGCUUUUUGGGAUACAUGUUGUCACUGAUUUGUUUGUCAAAGGUAUAAAUACUUUUUUCA